UCCCAGGGGACCGAACCAAAGCAUACGUAUAUGGGUAAUUGUUCAAGAACUGAGUACGUGCGAGUGUAGCUGUUAGGUCCUUGGUUCCCAGGGGAGGAGGGGAAGCACUAUGGCACAGAGGCUGAGAGGAUUCAGAAUUGUCAAAAAUGGCUUCAGGAUUGUCUUAAAGUCUUACAGUAUCAAACUUUACAGAGAUCCGCUUGCCUCUGCCUCCCAAGUGCUGGGAUUAAAGGCGUGUGCCACCUCUUCAAAGCUUGGUCUCUGAGCCUUUCAAACAGGAAGUAAGUCUUCCUCUAUUUAAGGCGAGGCAGUCAGAGCCUCAGCUAGCAUUCUGGUCUUCCAGGUUCUCCUUGCACGAACCUCAGAACUACCAGCAUCCAGCCCCAGCCAUGUGGGGAGCCUGCAUGUUGCUGCUGGCCGUCGGGUCCCAGCUGUCCUUUAGUGUCAUCCCAGUGGAGGAGGAGAACCCAGCCUUCUGGAACCAAAAGGCAGCCGAGGCCCUGGAUGCUGCCAAGAAGCUGCAGCCCAUUCAGACGUCAGCCAAGAACCUCAUCCUCUUCCUGGGGGACGGAAUGGGGGUGUCCACAGUGACAGCCACUCGGAUCCUAAAGGGACAGCUGGAAAACCAUCUGGGACCCGAGACACCCCUAGCCAUGGACCGCUUCCCAUACACAGCUCUGUCCAAGACUUACAACACAGACGUGCAGGUCCCAGACAGCGCAGGCACAGCCACUGCCUUUCUCUGCGGGGUCAAAACGAAUUUCAAGGUCAUUGGCCUGAGUGCCAGUGCACAGUUUGACCAGUGCAACACAACAUGGGGCAAUGAGGUCAUCUCCGUGAUGCAUCGUGCUAAGAAAGCAGGAAAGUCUGUGGGAGUGGUGACCACCACAUCGGUGCAGCAUGCCUCUCCAGCCGGCACCUACGCACACACGGUGAACCGAGGUUGGUACUCGGAUGCAGAAAUGUCUGCUUCGGCACUGCAGGAGGGCUGCAAGGACAUCUCUGUACAGCUCAUCUCCAACAUGGACAUUGAUGUGAUCCUUGGUGGUGGCCGCAAAUUCAUGUUUCCCAAGGGAACACCAGACCAGGAAUAUCCAACUAACACUGGCCAGGCUGGAACCAGGCUGGAUGGACGGAACCUUGUUCAAGAGUGGCUGGCAAAGCACCAGGGGGCCCGGUAUGUUUGGAACCACACGGAGCUCAUUCAGGCAUCCCUCGACCCAUCUGUGACACACCUCAUGGGUCUCUUUGAGCCUGAACACAUGAAAUAUGGCAUCUACCAAGACCCUACCCAGGACCCCUCCCUGGUGGAGAUGACAGAGGUGGCCGUGCGCAUGCUGAGCAGGAACCCCCGAGGCUUCUACCUCUUUGUGGAAGGGGGCCGCAUCGAUCAUGGCCACCAUGAAGGCAGAGCCUACCGUGCACUGACGGAGGCUGUCGUGUUCGACUCGGCCAUUGAGAAGGCGGACCAGCUCACCAGCGAGCAGGACACGAUGAUCCUCGUUACCGCUGACCACUCCCACGUCUUCUCUUUUGGUGGCUACGUACCUCGAGGGAACGCUAUCUUUGGGCUGGGGGCCUCCUUCAAUGCUCUGGAUGGCAAAGCCUUUACCUCCAUCCUGUAUGGCAAUGGUCCUGGCUAUAUACUUCUUAAUGGUGUCCGGGCUGAUGUCACUGAGGAAGAGAGCAGCAACCCCACGUACCAGCAGCAGGCGGCUGUGCCCUUGUAUGGCGAGACCCAUAGCGGUGAAGACGUGGCGAUAUUCGCGCGUGGUCCGCAGGCACACCUGGUGCACGGAGUUCAGGAGCAGAAUUACAUUGCGCACGUCAUGGCCUUUGCAGGCUGCCUGGAGCCCUACACCGACUGCGGCCUGGCGCCCCCUGCUGGCCGGAACGGUGCUGCUAGUCGGGGCCAGACCUCUACCCUGAUGCUCCUGUUGGCAGGGACGAUGUUGACGAUAGCAGUGGCAGCUGAACCCUGACUAUCUAAGCUCACUGUACUCCAGUACAGUUUCCUGGGCUCCACCUGUCCCUCUGGUUUUGUUCCCUACUUCCAGGUUUCUAAUAUAACUCGGGUUGCCAAGCCGCAACCCCACCUAAGGCUCCAUCAGACCUCAGGGAGUGUUAACCCAGCCUCAGACAUGAAGCACUCCCCUGCCUUGAAGACUGAGACAAGACUAGCUCCAGUACCUAUUGACCAUGGUAGAAGCAGCAGGCAGCCACGGCUCAACCAGGACCUUGUGUCUGAGUCACCAGCACUGGACAGCCCCAUUGCCAGACUCAGUGGGCUUCUGCACCUUGAAUAAUGGGUCCAGCUAAGCCUUGACACGGCCAUCAUUAGGCCACCUCCCUCUAUCCAGGCUCCUUUAAGAGGCCUGGCACAUGGAGAGCCUUGUCCCCUACCCCCCAGUAUGGCAGCAGCACUUGGUGGCUUCUUCCUUGAUCCACUGGGCCUGCACCUGUCAUUUUCCUCUCCAGCGUUUGAGACAGGGCCAUGCCUAGUCCUCCAUAUUGGGAAUUAGAGGUGCCCCCUGCUGUGUCUGACAUCAUCUUCCUGGGCCCUCCAGUCUCCUGGGCACAAUAAAUCAACUGG